GGAAUUUGCUCUGUUACAACAUCAACAUGAAUGAACGAUAGGCAGAGAAAGAUUAUAACGUUGACUGUCGUAAAAUCCGCUGGCCAUCUUGCGGCACACAUCUUGGUAGGACGAAAUGCUGAGUUUUGGGGCGUGUUUCAACUUGAAUUUUCUGCUUUUCUGACCUAUUCGUAAGAUUACUGGAUAUUCUACCAAAGACAUCAAGCACUAACAGUCUUAAGCCACUGAUCCCCUACGAUGGCGGUGGCAGCUACAGUGCCAUUUAGCCACCUGUGUGCUAUGCUGGAGGGAGUGGACAGGGCAAAGGGGAAGGACAACAAGAAGAAAGUCUUCAAGGAGUUCCUAGACAAGUGGAGGGAGUUCCACAACUCCGUACACAAGGAUGAUCCAAACACAGAGGAUUCCUUCUACCCUGCCAUGAGACUCAUCCUGCCACAGUGUGAGAGGGAGAGAAUUGCUUAUGGUAUCAAAGAGUUUACCCUCGCUAAAUACUACAUUGAGAUCCUGGGUUUAGCCAAAGACAGCCCAGAUGCAUUGAAACUGCUGAAGUACAGGGCACCCUCACAUGCUAAAGGGGAAGCAGGUGAUUUUGCAGCUGUGGCAUACUUUGUGCUAAAGAACAGGUGUCCAGAGAAGGGCAGUUUGACAAUUCAGGAGGUGAACGACCUCCUAGACUCCAUAGCAACCAACAAUGCCGCCAAGAACAAAGAGGAAGUGAGGAAGAGUAUCCUGAAACUUCUCAGGAGUACAUCAGCCAUGGAACAGAAAUGGCUGAUAAGGAUGAUUAUGAAGGAGUUAAAGAUGGGAAUGAACCAGGCCGGAGUGUUUGCAGUUUUCCACCCUGAUGCAGAGGACCUCUUCAAUGUCACCAACAGUCUGGCCAAGGUGUGCACAGACCUGUGUGACCCGCGUGUCCGGCUGAAUGAGAUAGCCAUCAGUCUGUUCUCUCCAUUCAAACCCAUGCUGGGGCAGAGGAUACCACUGGAUGGGGUUGAGAAGGAGAUGCACCAUGAGAUGUUCUACAUAGAGACCAAGUUUGACGGUGAGAGGAUGUUGUUACACAAGAAUGGAGACACCUACAAGUACUUCUCUAGAUCUGGGAAAGACUACACUCAUCAGUUUGGUGCCCACCCAUUGGAAGGUAGUCUCACCCCAUACAUACACAACUGUUUUGCCAGUCAUGUGAAGUCCUGUAUCCUGGAUGGAGAGAUGGUGGGAUACAACCCUCAAACCAAGUCUAUCAUGUCUAAAGGGGAUAAAUUUGACAUCAAAAACAUGGCAGAAGACAGUGACCUCCAGACCAUGUACUGUGUGUUUGAUAUACUGCUGCUGAAUGGACAGAAGUUUGCCAACAGCCCUCUGAGAGAGAGGGUGGACUAUCUCGAUAAACUUUUUACCCCAAUCGAGGGGCGUUUAUUUCUGGGAGACAGAAAGGAGGCAAGGACAAAAGCCGAGGUUAUUGAUGCCUUGAAUGAAGCCAUUGACAGAAGGGAAGAAGGCCUGGUGAUCAAGUACCCAGGGUCCAAGUAUGCUCCAGACAAGAGAAAAGGAAGUGGCUGGUUGAAGGUGAAGCCUGAGUAUGUAGAUGGACUGAUGGACCAGGUUGAUGUUGUGAUUGUAGGUGGCUACUUUGGUAAAGGGCGUCGCAGUCACAUGAUCUCCCACUUCCUGUGUGCUGUGGCCGUCCAGUCCAACACUCCUGGAGACAAGCCUGCUCUCUUCCACACAUUCUGCAGGGUUGGUUCCGGCUACACUCUGAAGGAACUGUACCAGAUGGGCCAACGGCUCCACCCACACUGGAGGGUCUUUGAUAAGAAGAAGCCACCAAAAAACAACAUCAUGUUUCCCUCUGGGUACAAGGAAGCUCCUGAUGUCUGGAUUGAUCCAGAGCAGUCACUUAUUGUUCAGAUUAAAGCAGCAGAGAUCAUCGAGAGUGACAAGUUUAAGACAGGGUGUACGCUACGUUUCCCACGUCUGGAGAAGGUGCGAGAUGACAAGGAGUGGUUUGACUGCAUGACCCUUGAAGAGCUGGAUGACAUGAGAAAGAAUGCGGAGGGGAAACUUGCCUCUAGGCAUGCUGGGAUAGAUGACAGCGGAGAGCCGUCCAAGAAGAAGCGUCGUACGGUGGUCCGUGUGGAGAAGCCGAUCACAGUGGCGCCUCAGUUCAAGGCAGCAGACACCUCCAAAGUGCAGCAGGUGUCUACCAUAUUUGAAGACAGAGAGUUCUGCAUCAUUAACGGCCCUCCUGAGCAUGGGAAAGCAGACCUGGAGAGGAAAGUGGUGGCGUAUGGAGGCACAGUGGUCCAGGCUCCGGGACCAGACACAGUCUGUGUGCUCGCACACAAGGUCAAUGUCAGGGUCAACAACAUUAUAAGUGGUGGGAAGUACGAUGUUGUCAAGGCUGACUGGCUACUGAGAUGUUGGGAUGCAAAGCAGUGCCUUCCAUGGCUGCCCUCCCACAUGAUCCACAUGUCCCCCGACACAGCGGCACAGUUUGCUCUGCAGUUUGAUCGUCAUGGAGACAGCUUCACUGAUGAUGCAACUGUGGAAAGUAUGAAGGAGGUCUUUGAAAAGAUUGGGGAAGAGAAAUCAAGUUCAAGGGUCACCAGUGAAGACAUUGCAGAAAUGGAGGAAAAGUACUUCCCAAAUGAAUCACCGCUGGGCCUUUUCAGACUCUGCAGAUUAUAUGUGGACAACUGUGAUGUCAUUGGAGACCAGUCAACUAGGAUCAAAGACUGUCCCUUGGACCUGGUUGCUUUGGAGGCACGUUUCCAUGGAGCCACAGUGAGCCCUAUCCUGGACAGUGAUGUCACUCAUGUGAUGUUCCACACAAGUGACUUGAGCAGGCUGGAUGAAGUGAAGGCACUGAGAAGACAGAGGACAAAGAAGCACCAUCUUGUGACACCAGCCUGGGUGUCUGAGUGUAUCCAAACUGGAGCUAUGCUGACAGAGAGGGACUACGAACCUUACAGCACCACAGACUCUACAUAGCACUUACAAUAAUGUAUGUCCAAAUACAGCUUUCUUAGUUUGUUGAGUUGAGUUGGACUUAAAGUUGGUUACUAUCUCAGGGUUUGUUGUUCAAUGAUUCCCCCUGCUUGAAUGUGCAGCAGACAACAAACACAACUGUUUGAAAAUGUGAGACAGAAGAUGAUUUAGCAUAUCUUUGUGCUGGUAUCCUGGUCUACUUACAAUACAUGAAUAUUUGUGAGAUGGAUACUUGUAUACAUGGAUCAUGGAUCAUGUACAGGUCUAACUAAAGAGACUAUGGCACUUACAACAUGUACAUGUACUUAACUGGUUUUAGUCCAUUUAUGAAGUGUUCCCCUAUGCAAUUGUUUGAACAUGGUUGUGAAGUAGUUCACAAUAUCAGGAUAAGCACAGUAACCUUGAAUGUGUUACAGUAUUCAAUAUGGGCCUGUGGCAGCCAUGGCCAAAUCAUUGAGGUUUUUGUAUCAGUUUAUAUUUUUUAGUUUUGAUCAUUGGCGCCUCAAAGCAUGAAAUAUCACCAUACAUUCUUCACACAUAUCAGUACUUGAGUUAUUACCCCAUUUUGUAUUGUAGGGACCAUGCAACAUUAUACACUCAUGUAUCUGAUUAAAACCUUGAAACCU